AUGGGAUCCAAGACACCACAUGAUCAUCGUCGAAGUCCAAAUGAGUCAUCGGCACACGCUGCAAUUGCUGCCGUCAGUCUUCCCAAGCCGGCCGCAACAAGUGGACUCUUCCAUGGCCCACUCGAAGGGGAAGGCGAAGAUGGAGAGAAUGGCGAAGACGAUGAAAUUAGAGCUGACCUGAAGUCCAGUGGUCAGCCGAGCAAAGGCAAAAAAAGGAAAAGAAGGAGUAACAAAAAGAAGAAUAGGAAGACACUAGGUGCACAGCAGACGACUCCUCCGAGAGUUGCACUCGCCAACCUCUUUCACGAUCAGCGAUAUCCAGAGGGCGAGAUUGUCGAAUAUGUCUCCGACAAUGACAAUCUUCGGCGCACCACGGCUGAAGAGCUUCCUGCCGAAGUCCAUCGCCAGGUUCGCCAGCAUGUGCAGACAAUCACAAAGCCGGGCAUGUCCAUGAGCCAGCUUGCCCAAGAGAUUGAGGAUGGCGUUCGGGCACUGACUGACCACGAAGGUCUCGAGACUGGAGACGCCCUCAAAGCUGGCAUGGCAUUUCCAACUGGACUCUGCUUGAACAAAGUAGGGGCUCACUGGACUCCCAAUCCUGGAGCCAAAGACGUUAUCCUCCAGUAUGAGGAUGUCCUAAAAUUGGAUUUCGGAGUUCAUGUCAGCGGCAGGAUUGUUGACAGUGCCUUUACCGUGGCUUUCAGCCCGGCGUACGAUAAUCUGCUCGCGGCUGUCAAAGCAGCCACUAAUACUGGGCUCAAGGAAGCUGGCAUUGAUGCCCGGAUAGAUCACAUCAGUGAGGAGAUCCAAGAAGUGAUGGAGAGCUACGAAAUCGAGCUCAACAGAAAGAUCAUCCCUGUCAAAGCGAUUCGGAACAUCACUGGCCAUAACAUCCUACGCUACAAGAUACAUGGCGACAAACAACUCCCCUUCGUCAAGACACGAACCACCCAACGCAUGGAAGAAGGCGAUGUAUUCGCUAUUGAAACCUUCGGCAGCACUGGAAAAGCUUAUCUCAGAGAUGAUGUAGGAGUUUAUGGCUACGGGUGCAAUGAGCAUGCCAGCGCUACUGGCCUCCGUCAUGCCUCCGCCAAGUCACUGCUGAAGACGAUCCAUGAGAACUUCGGAACUCUUGUCUUCUCCAGGCGUUACCUAGAGCGCAUUGGAGUGAAGAAUUACCAUCUCGGCAUGAGGUCGCUUGUCUCGAAUGGUAUUGUUGAGUCCUAUGCACCGAUGGUCGAUGUUCCUGGCUCUUAA